AUGGAACUGAACAUUAGAAAUACGUCUUUAAUAGAAAAUGAAGAUUUUAAAAUUUUAUUUAUUACUAAUGGCUCAUCUGAAGAAGCUUGUAUUUUGUGUUCAUGUCGUGCAAAGGUACAUCUUACAAAAUUUCGUCAAAAUUUUUCUUUAAGUAAUUAUUAUAAACAUAUGAAAUCUAAGAGUUGUACAAUGAUCAAGAAAAAGAAAAUAAUAAAUUGUACAACUGAUGAUCAAUCAAAUAUUGAUGAAGAUUACGACUCAUCCGAUGAUGAAAUACCAGAAAGUACUGCUUCAUCAAAACGAAAACGAUUUAAAAAAUAA